UUUGUCUCUUCUGAUUUUACUUUAGUUUUCCAAACAACGACUUUCACUCGUACUUUUUAGUGGUCAAGUUAAGUUCUUUCAUUUCAAAAACCAAACAUGUUUGAAGCUAAACUUACAGACGGUGCUCCCUUGAAAAAGUUGAUUGAAUCCAUGAAAGAUCUUUUUGCAGAAGUAAAUUUUGUUUGUUCUGCUUCUGGAAUAAGUUGUCAAGCUAUGGAUACAAGUCAUGUUUGCCUAUCUUCAGUAUUGCUGAGAGCAGAUGCUUUUGAUCCUUAUAGAUGCGACAGAAAUAUAACUUUAGGUCUCAAUUGCGUUACUAUGUCUAAAAUUUUAAAGUGUGCUGGCAACGAUGAGUCUAUUACUCUAAGAGCAGAGAAUAAUGCAGACUCAGUAGUAUUUAUAUUUGAAAAACCAAAUCAAGAAAGAGUUUCUAAAUUUGAAAUGAAGCUCAUGGAUAUCGAUAGUGAACAUCUUGGAAUCCCAGAUCAAGAUUAUGAUGCUAUUAUUAAAAUGCCAUCACAUGAACUUUCCAGAAUUUGUCGUGAUUUAAGUCAAUUCGGAGAUACAGUUACAAUAGCAUGUACUAAAGAUGGUGUACGAUUUUCUUGUUCUGGAGAAUUAGGAAAUGGCAGUAUAACACUUAGACAAAGUUCAUCAGUAGAUUCUAAAGAAGAUGAAGAAGUUUCAAUUGAAUUAAAUGAAGCUGUGACCCAGACUUAUGCAAUGCGUUUUCUCAUCAUGUUUACAAAAGCUGCAUCUUUAUCAAAAACUGUUGCACUGUCUAUAUGUCAUGAUGUACCUUUAGUAACAGAAUACAAAAUUGGAGAUUGCGGUCACAUAAGGUUCUUUUUAGCACCUAAAAUAGACGACGAAGAACAAGACAACAUGGAGGAAAACCAGGUUCAGCAAGCAAAUGAUAAUGAAGAAGAUUAACUUUUUCUAGCCUUAAAAUAUGCAAUAAAAAAAAUAAAAGAAUUGCAUUAAAUUGCAUUAAAUUAGCAACUUACAGUUGUUAAAUAUAGUCCAAGCAAUUAACUUAAAGAAGUAAAUUGUUUGUUUGAUUUUUCUUACUGCUUUACAAUUAAAUUUUUUUCGACUAUAUUUCCUAAUACUCGUAAAUUAUAAAGCUUAGAAUAAAUCUAUUUUUGGCUUCUUUUUUGUUUUUUUAACUUGUGUAUUAUGUACAGUAAACAAAGUUUUUAAAGAAAUUAUAAUUUGCA